AUGCUGCAGGCCCAUAUCAGAUAUGGCGGAGUGGUCUAUAGCUGCAUUGCCACUCAUGUAGGAAACUCUCUGAUUAUGUUUCACCCAUCAGGUGAUGGAUUUCACUUCUGCAUCAAAUACAUAUAUGAACAGGAUGGAUGGUCCACAUUUGCUGUCUGCCAGCAGUGUCCCCUGGUUUUGAACAAAGGCACAAAUGACCCCUUUGCAUGCUACCCACAUUUCCCAGCAAAGACCUACAGCCACAUGCUUUCCACAACACUGGAGAAAGUCGAGGUAUCAUGGGUUAUGAGUCACUGCGCAUGGUGGCCGAUAUCUGAUGACCAUGUUGUCAUUCUUACGUUGAGUCGAGUGAGUGAAGCUCUGUCUCAUGCCACUCUGAUUUGA